AUGAAAGGGCAAGAAUCGAGAACAACAUGGGAGAGCUCGAUCAUCGAGGGCCAGUUGUCUAAAAAUCUAGCAAGGUACACCUUAUUAUUAGACAAAUUAUCGACGCUAUCUCAAAUAGACAAGCUGUCAGAAGUGAUCGCCAACGACUAUGCUAAACAGUGUAAGCAAUUGGAUGUGUUCGUGCAACAAUCGCAAGCAUCACUGAACACACAGUCUCGGAAACUGGAACUACAAAGAACUAACCUUACUACAACUUUGGCUCAAUUUCAUGGCACUGUGAAUACCAUAUCGUCUUCGAAUACAAGAGCAAAAGCUAUACAUGACGAUAUUGAAACGGUAGAUCAGGAAAGGGCAUUGGUCAACAAAACAUUACAAUUUUUGAAAGACGUUAGAACGUUAAAGAAUAAUAUUUCACUGGCGCAUUCAGCUUUAGAAACUAAAGAUUACCUGGUGGCUGCGACAGCAAUCAAUGAAAUUAGAAAUCUUCCAGAUAAGGACCUGAUUGUUUCUGAGUUCGCUAAGAAAGUGGUGCCUUCAAGUGAAAUUCCUGAAGAACCGGCUAUACUAAUCAAAAGUUGGUGUAAAGAACUGACAAGUUUGUUCCAGGAACAGUUCAUGAAGGCAACAAGAACACAAGACAUUAAAGAAUUAACCCUAAUGUUCAAGAUGUUUCCUAUGAUAGGGCAGGAUGUGCUUGGACUAGACCUGUAUUCCAAGUACGUCUGUGAUAUUAUCGCAGAUGAAAGCAGGAAGAUUAUGUCCAAUUCUAUGGAGAAUAGCACCAAGUUCCAAGGAUUUUUCUCGCAAGUACUAUUGCAUCUCUUCAAAAUUGUAUCCACUAUUAUAAAUGACCACUCAAAAGUUAUCGCCGCGUGUUAUGGUGAAAAACAUAUGGUGCACGUCAUGGAAAAAGUCGAAAAGGAAGCUGAUCUUCAGGCCAGUUUGGUUUUAGAUAUUUUCAUGGAAACAAGGAAAGUGGAUAGAACCAUACAUGAUAUCAAUGAAUGGAAUCAUUUACAGAAGAAUGAAGAUAGGAACACAAGCAGUAAGCAGUCAAAUGACGAAACAGACGAAGAGACGGAACAAACCUCAAUAAUAUCAAUCAAUGACUUAGCACUAUUGAUAAUAGAGUUCUCCCAAAUAUUGCAAAAUUGGUCCAUGUAUUCUCGAUUCUAUUCAGUUAAAUGGUACGAGUUCACCAAUUUGCAUCCUCAUGUGUUACAACCGCCUUCACCAAUAACAGAUGGAAAGUUUGCAUUAAAACUGGAACAAGAUACAGUAUUUUAUAAAUUUCAAGUGCUUGUGUUGAACCAUCUCCAUAGAUCAUUCAAGAAUAGUAUUUCAUUGGAAGAAUUGCCUUCACUGAACGAUUUGAUAACUUCUGAUCCUAUUGAUGACCAAGACAGAAAUUCAUACCCUGUGACAUCUGUUUUGGAUGACUUGAUAUUAUUAGUUCGCAAAAACCUAAUAUCAGUGGUAAAUACUGGUCAGUUUAAACUCCUGUCCAGUUUUUUGAAUGAGUUGGUGAAAUUUUUUCAGAACCAAUUUCUGGUCAAGUUUAUGCAAAAUAAAUUCAAGUUGUUACAAUCAAAAUUGACCUCGAGUGUAUCUUUGAAAAGAUACAUUCCAAAAAGAGAAGACCAAUCCACUGCAUCAAGAUCGGUCUCUCCACCUGCAAACAAAUUCUCUCCAUUGAGCAGGUUCACUUUUAGAGGAGCUGCCGCUACCGCUUUAACGAACAUUCAAUCAAAUUUACAAGCCGUAGUUGCAGAAGAUGAAGAUUCUAUCCUCGCGUUACAUCAUUACUUGAUUUUCUUAAACACGCUGUAUUUGAAUAAAGUGUAUGUUCACAGACUCUUAUCUAUGGAAAUAUUGGAAGACAAUUCACAAAGAAUUCUAAAAGACAACUUUCCAUUCAACAACGAUUCGGAGCAACUGAAAGUUUUGAUUUUGAACUCGGAAAAAUUAGUUUCGGAUCAAACAGAUAAGCUAAGUAAAUGGGGCAUCAAAUACUUGUUUCAAAAUAUACUGCAAAAUAGAAUUCGAAAUUUAUUGGGAACAAUUUUUGUCAAUUCCGCUUCGUCAACUUCCUCAGGAUCAAACCAAAACAACGUUUCUCGCGACUAUUCUGCUAGUGCAAACCAGAAGAAUUACAUUACAAGCAUAGAAGAUUUUGAGGAUCUGUCUCAAAUAAACAGUUUCAACAGCAAGUGGAACCAAUUGAUUAUUCCUUACAAAAAUAUUCUCCACAAAGAAGCGUAUGUGGAAUUACUGGCUGUCAUAGUCAACUACAUUGUGGGAACGUUGGAACAAAGGAUAUGGUCACUGGAGUUCAAUGAGCUAGGUGUUACAAAACUAGAUAGAGAAUUAAGCCUCUUCAUUGGUAAUAUAUGUGGUUUGAACUAUAAACUGAGAGAAAAGUUCUUGAAAUUGACACAAAUUGUGCUACUGCUUGGUUUAGAUGAUGAUAACUUUGAUUUGACCACUGGUGAUAUUAAGGAUGACUUCGAUGGUACUUUCGAUUGGGCGAUAACCUCUCAAGAAAGAAUUAAAGCUAGGAAUAUGAAGAUUGAUAGAAGGCAGUAA